CUGCUGAGGGGCUCCGGCAGACGUCGGGAGGUCAGCGCAGAUGGUCGGCCGCGGACACCAGUGACGCACUCGGGUAAGAAUGCAGCCCAGGCCCCGUCCCAAACACACACAUACGGACGUCCAUGUGUGACAUGCAGCCCUGCUGCUUCGGCGACGCACGAGGACUUGAAGCGCCUCGAGUACGAGUCAAGACUGAUCACUCUGCCCGUACGGACGCACACACCUUCAGACGGAUUAAGGUGUGGGUCGAUGUAUGCUGCAUACAGGACCAGAGAAUGCGCUCAGGGCUCCGGCUGGAUGCGGGAUCUUACAUGUGAGUGAGUGGCGUGUGUUGUGUAUGGCACACAAGUAGUGCAUCCGUGUUGGUUGGAUGGGACAUGCAGGAUCCCGCGUGCCGACAAGCAAUCGACGGGGGGAGAGGAUCCCCUUUUCCUUUGCAUGCGAGCAGGUACGUACCUUUGUGAGCAGCAGCUACGUCACGCAAAUGUGUGUGAAGUGAUCCGUUUGUUUGUCAUCCAUUCAUUCAUUCAUUCAUUUGCGUGGACCAACAGGGGCAGUCGGUGUGGCAGAUGGCGUUGGCAAGUGGGGCGACAAGCUCGCCUGCAGCGCACAGGCGUAAGACACGUGCACAUACAUCCAGACAGACAGACACAUCUCGACUUAUUUCUGUCUGCCUGUCUGUCUGUGGGUGGGUGGGUGGGUGGGUGGGUGGAAAACAGCUUCGCCAAGGAGCUGAUGCAGGGCUGCGGAGAAGCCGCUACCUUCUUGACCACGGCAGCGGCCGCCGACGGUACACAACACAACAAACAUCCAUCCAUCCAUCCGCGAGAGUGCGCAUCGAUAUGUACAUACCUGCAGGUUCGCCCAUGAGUGCGUCCACAGCUGCAGCGGACACACCGACAAGCGCCGCGCUUCCGGCAGAGAGCGGCUCCACGUACCUGAGUGAGCUUCUCAACGACAAGGAGCUCCCUGUGGAACAGCAAGCACUGCGGUGGGCGUACAAGUGUUUGCGCAUGUGCAUCCACCUUCAUCUGUGUGUGUCCGUGUGUGUGGUUUGCGCACGGUACGUGUACACAGGCUGCUGCAGCACGGCUACAGUGCCACACGCUCCUGUGGAGCGUCAACAGCCCUCGUGGUCGUGAUGGACAAGCAGGUGUGCGAGUCUGUGUGUUGGCAUUUGCGUAUGUAUCUCUCUCUCUCUCUCUCUGUGUGUGUGUGUGUGGGUGUCUGUGUGCAUGUGUGUGCUGUAGCAGGGCGACAAGCUGGGCGUGGCCAACCUGGGCGACUGUAGCAUGAUGGUGCUGCGGUCAGUAAUGAGGUCACACCACACACAACUGUCGUCGUGAUUAGAGUGCACAGGCAUGUCGCUGGUUGGAACUGUGUGUGUGUGUGUGUGUGUGUGUGCAGGCGCGUGAGAAGCAGCGACAAACUGGUCACGGUGGCUUUCCGCGCCAAGGAGCAGCAACACUCGCCCAACGAGCCCUACCAGGUGUGUUGCACCACCACACUCGCACACGCACUGCGUGAAGGUACAUGCAUGCGCUUGUAUGUUAUGUGUGCAUUUCUGCAGCUAAUGCGGCUGCCUGAGGAGACUGAGUACGACCGGCUGACUUCCAGCGGAAGGGUAAGUAAGCACGGGCACCAGAGCGUGCAUGUGUGUGGAUUGGAUACGCCUGUAUGUGUGCUGUGCGCGACAAAUGUUUGCAGGGUGUCCUGGUCCAAGCGGUGCGAGCCUUCCGAGAGCGCGACCUCACAGAGGUUUGUUGAGGGGAAUAUGCGCUUCCUUCUCCGCUGCACCCACGUGUGUGCGUGUAUCCCGCCCCACCCCACCCCACCCAGGACACCCCUGACAUGGCCAAGCUGGAGUCCGUCAACGUGUGUGAGGGCGAUCUCAUCAUCCUCGGCUCAGACGGUAAGCAUUGCCAUGACAUACACACACGUAUGCCCGCUUUUCGACCCCCACAGCCGUCUUUGACAACCUCGGCGACACCGACAUCCUCAACAUUGGCAACAUGGCCAUAUCUCCCUACGACGCACUGGUCGGUCAGACCUGCACACAGGCAGGCGCGUGUAUGAUGUGAUAUUUGCGCAUAGGCACUGAAUUACUCGUGCCUUGCCGCGCCGCCGUCAGCCAUCGCCCGGGCCGUUGCCAAAGACGCACAUGAGAGGAGGUACACACGCACAGAUAGAGAGAGAGGGUUGUGAGUGCGUGUGUCUGUGCGGGUGAUGGCUUCGUUCAGCCUGCGGCAGCCUGGAACCCCCACAGGAGCUGAGCAGGUUCUUUCAUCAUACGAAUCGGAGGUAAGCCGGCAGCCCCCGGGACCAGACACUCACUCCCCCGGGAGCUGAAGAAGGUCUUUCAUCUCGAACAAGGCUCAAAUGGCCGCCUUAUUGUGUGUUGAGCAGAUGUGUGUGGCGAUCGCUGCCUUCAUUUUAUAUUUCCUUGUCAUUUCCUUCGCCCGCUGACGCGACGCCGGGAGAGAAAGAGAGUAUCAACGUCAUUCAGUGGUCAACGCCGAGUCGUGACGAUAGACUGCCCACUGAAUGCUUAACGAAGGGCGCACACAGUGAAGCAGACCGGGAGAAACAGAGACAUGCUUAUCUAUACAUGUCUCUCUCUCUGUCUGUCUGUCUGUAUGUGUGUGUGUGUCUCUGUGUGCAGCGGACGGCUAACAGACAACCGAUGAUGACCAAGCCUUUGGAUGUCGUCGAGCGGGCCUUUAGCUGCACCCGCACCAACAACGCCACGAAUUACAAUAUCACUUCCUGCACGAGUACGUGUGUGUGUUCGUGGCCACAGCCGACGAGGCAUUAGUUUCAUCUGCCCACUGUGCGACCUCUCCGUGUGUGUCUGUGUGUAUCACAUCAGAGUGUUGAUGCUCAUCGCCGUCGCCACCCCGCAAAUGAGCCGCUCGACUUGUCUUCGUCACCCGAGCCGGACGACAAAGGCAGCGACACAGAGCAGGAGCAGGAUCAAGGUGGGUGAGGGAGGGAAGAGUGUGUUGGGUGUGAGGACGUCCGGACAUUCAGCCAUUCAUCGGUUCGGUCGGUGUGUGUGUUCUUGUCUGUGGUUGUCAGGCUAAGUGUCGCCCCCUGGGCACCGCCACUCGUCGGCAUCGAACACGACGAGGGCGUGCACAAGCGGCAGCGACAACUCCCCUAUGUCACCCACCGUACGCAGCCCUACACCAACAGAUAGAGAAAUAGAGAGUCACGCACAGACAUAGACACCCAUGAAGCGCGGCUUUGCGUACUUACGUCAGAGGCAGCAGCAGCAGCAGCAGGAGAGUCAGCCGUCUGCAUCUGCCGCUGCCGCUGCCGCUCCUGACGACGAGGGUCCUUCCGCUGACGCUGACCCUGACAUAGAGCCGCUCCAGCUGCAGGGCAAGGGAUGGGCCAUUGCAGCCAAACCAGCACCAUUGCAGCCACACACCCUCCCCCCACUCACACGCAUGUGUGUAUGUGCGUGUGUGUGUCUUGAUGUGUGCAGGGCGUCUGUGAGCACGUCGGCAGCCAGUGCCAGCGCGAGCCCUGCUUGGAGGCUGCGGCGGACGUCACUCGGGUAAGUAUGCAGCCCAGGCCCCGUCCCAAACACACACAUACGGGCGUCCAUGUGUGACAUGCAGCCCUGCUGCUUCUUCGGCGACGCACGAGGACCUGAAGCGCCUCGAGCACGAGUCAACGCUGAUCACUCUGCCCGUACGGACGCACACACCUUCAGACAGAUUAGCAUGCACACGGAUGGAUUUUUGGGUGGAUGUAUGCUGCAUACAGGACCAGAGAAUGCGCUCAGGGCUCCGGCUGGAUGCGGGAUCUUACAUGUGAGUGAGUGGCGUGUGUUGUGUAUGGCACACAAGUAGCGUAUCCGUGUUGGUUGGGUGGGACAUGCAGGAUCCCGCGUGCCGACAAGCAAUCGACAGGAGGAGAGGAUGACGGGUCGCCGCCUAUGGAGCUACUACAGGGGAAUCGCUGGGGCAGACGGUAUGCGAUGAGUAAGACACGCAUACUUGCACAUAUAUCUACCUUGCAUGUGUCGUAUGCAUACAUAAAUGUGUGUCUGCAGAGCGUCAAUCAACAUGCCCGGCAGCGUUAGUGACAAGUACAAGGCGUGAAGCACAUGCGUCCAUGUGCUGGGUGUGUGUGUAUGUGUGUGUGUGUGUACAGAUGAGCAGUGCUGUGUCGGCACACCGGAGAUUCUCGGUGCCAAACGGCCACCACCAGACCACUCAGCCAACGUAUGCACGUGGACGACACACAAAAGCGUACGUCUGUCUGCCAUCGUGUGCCCAGGGGCGUGACUGAAUGGCCGUCAUCAGUCACCGAAAAGCUGCAGAAAGCCGACGUGGUCGCGAGACUGACGGACCUGCCCGUACGCAAGCAAACACACAAGCACAUGCAAACCCAGACACAGACGUAUGUGUGCCUGGCCUGCACAGGACCAGCGCGAGAGCACCGGCCUCCGUCUGUUGGCUGCUGCCUUCGAGUACGGAUGCUGACAGUGUGCAUACCCAGAUACCUGUGGCCAUACGUGUGUGCAGGAUCCAGGACCCCGACAAGACCAACAAAGGAGGAGAGGACUCCUCUUUCGCCUGCAUGGACCGGGGUAAUGCACAUACGAUUCCCACGUCACUUUCAUGGACGAAGGCAUACACCAACAUGUGCCCACAUGAAUGCAGGCAACGGCGCUGUGGGGGUGGCGGACGGUGUUGGUGAGUGGGCCGCAGGAUAAUAUGGCAUCAAUCCAAAGCCGUAAGCAUGCCUGUCAUGGACACGCCACUCACUGCAUCCUUCUGCGUGUUCCAUGGAUGAAUCAAUGUGUCCCUGCACCCACGUUCGCCGACGAGCUCAUGAGGAGAUGUGGACAGCUGGCUGGCAUCGCCCUCGCCAACAGCACCAGCAGCGCACGUAGCAGCAGCAGCAGCAGCAGGGAGCCCCCAGUGCAGCCGCCUCGCGAGAUCGCCCUUCAGUACGAGCAGCAUGUGUGUGGGUACACAUCCAUCCAUUUGCAUGUGUGUUGAGCAGCUUUCUGUGGGGAUCGCUGCCUUCAUUUUAUAUUUGGUGGUCAUUUCCUUCGCCCGCUGACGCGACGCCGGGAGAAAAAGAGAGUAUCGACGUCAUUCAGUGGUCAACGCCGGGUCGUGACGACAGACUGCCCACUGAAUGCUUAACGAAGGGCGCACACAGUGAGGCAGACCGAGGGAACGGAGAGACAUGCUUAUCUACACAUGUCUCCCUCUCCCUCUCUGUGUGUGUGUGUGUCUCUGUGUCCGUCUGUGCAGCUGUUGACCUUUGAUGAUGAGCAAGCCUUUGGAUGUCGUCGAGCGGGCCUUUGGCGGUCUCGUCAUCGACUUGGGCCAAAGCUCGCAACCCUUCUUCCCUCGACCAAAAAACAUCCCGCCCGCUCACUGUACUCCACUUCGAGAUAGUGUGUAUGUGUGUGUGUCUUUUCAUGUAUGUGUGUAGGGGGAGCGGCUGAGCUACGCCAACCUGGGCGACUCAACCCUCAUGCUGCUGAGGUGGGCACAUCAUAACAACAACAAUAACAGUGCCACACACACUCAAGCGCAUUGUAUGUGUGCAGACGCCAGGAGAGGCAGCAGGUGCGCCCGGUCAUCAGGAGCAAGGAGCAGCACCACGACUUCAACCGCCCCUUCAGCUGCAGCGCCCUGCCACACGAGACGAGUGCGACCGAAUGCAGCAGAGUGGCGAGGUGAGAAGGGAGGGAGGUGUGCAUACACCGUUGUGUCUCUCGCCAUGAAUAAAAUGUGGAUGAAUCGCAUACAGCAUCCCGAGAAGGUGGCGGCAAUGAGGAUGCUGGUGGGGGGAGGACAGCCCGUAAGCAGAAGAGUAUUGCGUGUUGACCUGAAUGUCUCUUCGCUUCGUUCAGGACUCGCUACGCAUGGCCAACACCGAGUGUGCGAGGGUGCGGGAGGGCGACAUGCAAUCAUGGGGGCUCACCUACAUGCAUUCCUGUGACUUCGUGAUUGCAGGCCUCUUCGACAACCUCUUCGAAGAGGAGAUCUGCGGGCUCGCCACACUCUCACUCUCGCCACACGAUGCAGCGGUAACAGCAGUUGCAUCCACACCAAGAGAUCCGUCUUGAGUGCGUAGCUGUGUCACAUCAGGCGCUGAAGGACUCCGGAGUGGCAGCGCGCGACAUCCCCCCGGUCGCUCGCUGAGGCGCUGGCCAGCGCAGCAUUUCACAAGAGGUACGUAGCUCUACGUGCGCAUACACUCUACACGCGCGCGUAUAUGUCUGUGCAGCCGAGGGAGAGAGACACCCCAUUUGCACGGGCCGCUCGAGCAGAUCUCCGGCAGAGGCGUGAGGACGGCCAGAGAAGCGCAUUCGGAGAGCGGGAAUACCAAGGGGGGAAGGUCGACGACAUCACCGUCGUCGCUGCAUGGCUGGUGGCUCGAUGACUUACCCCUCAUGCGUAAGUGCCACGAGGAGCGCUCGAUCGCCAUGUGGUCACUGUGUGUGACUGUCUGUGCUCUCUCUCGUCAGAAUCGCGUGGGUAAUCUACCAGCCCCCUCCCUAUCCCUCCCGUUGCCUGUUGCCCUCGCUCCGGCCGAUUAUAUCACACCCAAACGGCAAGCGUGAAAGGGAGGGGAUGGCAAAGAAGGAAUAUAUCUGUCGCUGCAUGUGCUGCCUGUGCCUUCAUUUGAUGUGUGCAGGCGUAUUUGGCUUAUCCGCGUGUACUGGCUCAGCUGUGGUUGAUCGGCCACCACAUCAACUUCGGCGACGGCAUGAUCCUUCGCCUGUUUCAGCAUGGGACAGCAUGGGAACGUACUGCGGGCAUUCCGAGACGAUGAUGGCUUCGAGCUUACAAUCAACCCGGAUUUCCCAACAACCGGCAGCAUCUACCAUUUAUACCCGCAAGAUCGGCGAGAGCAGGACCCGCCCGUUUCCAGCAGAGUCGACUAUGGGAUGAUCCAAUUCGGCCCAGCUGAUUCAGAGUGGGGGCUGGUGCCGGGAAAUGCAAGGCUUCGCUAUGUGUCUGUGUCAUGAUUCGUGAAAAAUAUCAUCCUGACGCACUUCAAGACAAUCCAUCAGAUCCACACAACAACUACAGCAGUGGCCAGGUGAGUCGGGAAAUGUCAAGAAGAAGGUUGUCUAAAUACGCGUCUCUGGUAUGUUGUGUGUCAUGCACUUAGUUUUGCUGUCGAUGCAGAGGCACAGCACAUGUAGGGGGUUUAUGGCGUCGCGUGUAGCAAGCCGAGAAGGCCAAGGUGGUACCUCAAAGAGCAACUGGUGAGACACAAACAAACAGGCAAACACCCAAACAUACACUCGUCUGUCGGCCUGUCUGUCUGUCUCUUUGUCUACAGCGUUUCAUAGUGUACCUGAGACAGAAAGGUGAGCGAGAGACACAGACAGACAGACAGACAGACAGACAGCUGGCAUGUCUCAUGGAUUGAUUGCUGUGUUUGUUCACCACUCAACAGCGGCCAAGUAGGGUGUGAGGUCGUCCGGACAUUCAGCCAUUCAUCGAUCGGUGGGUUGUUCUUGUCUGUGGUUGUCAGGCUGCGUGCCACCGUCGGAACACCGUGACUCAUCGGCAACCAACACACCACUCUUCGCCGCUCGAUUGCGUGUAACGAAAACCUAAAACUGGAUGGACGCACACGCAGAGAGAGACAGAGGGAGAGAAUGAGCGUCAUAAAUGCAUUCAUACGUAUGGCUCUCUGGUGUCUCUCUGUGUGCUCUGUGUCUCCAGGCCGCCACGGCACCAGCAACAGCAGCGGCUGCAGUUGUCCAGACAAUCGGUGUCUACAUUUUAUAUUUGACGAGACCCUUAAGGAUCUGCAGUCCGGACCGCGUAAGUGGGUCACCGCAUAAGCGGGUCAGUUGCGUAUGUGGGUCAGCCCAUCCCGAUCACUCUGUACACAGUCAAAAACGGACCGGAUAACCGGGUCACCUCCCAAAGAGACUCAAAUCACCCAUCCAAACCGACCAUUCAUGGCUCAAAAUGACCGCAAGACGAUGAAGAACCUCUCUGUGAAAGAGCGGACCGAUGAAAGUGUGAUCUCAUUGAGAAAUACAGACAUUUUGUUUGUCAUCUUCUGAGAUGAUCGACGGAUUUCGUAAAUCUGAGUGACUUCGAGCGAGAAAAAAAGAGUCAAUGGGCUUCUGAGAGGCUCCUGUGAUUCAUUCACAGCGAGAAAUCACUCCAAAAGUCGCUGGAAAACAAGUGGGUCAGCUCUGUAGUAGGUAUAAGCGGGUCAAACGCGUAAGUGGGUCAGCCAUGUACUGACCCACUUACGCGGUCCGGACUGUAUCCUGCGUGCCUUUUUGAGUUCGUGAAUAAGAGUCUGUGAUCCGACGUUGAUGACAGGUGCACAUCGUUGAUGACAUGGUUCGUGAGUGAGCGGCAUGACAUGCAUGGUCUUUCAAGGAAGCUUGUUCAUGCCUCUCUGCCUGCCUUGCAUUCUUUCUUGCCCCCAGUAUUGAAUAAUCGCAGACACUCAUCCAUCUCUUCCGAGCUC